GCACGACCUGACCACUCGCGGUUGGACAGCACCGUUGGACAGACUGCAUGGUGUGACGCAGUAGUUGGGAGGCCUCGCAAUAAACGGUGCCCGUCGCGGAACGCGGUGAGAGGUGGGAAGAAGUUCGUUUUUUUCUUCCCAUUGAAUAAGCAUACCAUUAGUAUGAGAAUAAAAUGCUCCUCUCGAUCAUUUUCUUGUCUUGUUUUCAAAGCGAUGUUGCUUGGUCAAAAUGCCUUCGAAUGCAGAAGUGGUCAAACAUGCCAACUUUGACCCUAGCGACGUCCAAGUUGUAUCAGUCCGAGACCGAAAGCCAACCGAAUUAGUCGAAGCAAAUCCGAAAUGGGCAUCAAAAUUCGUCUUGGUUGCGCAGCAGAUACAUACGACCCUUGGCAGUCGAGCUCUUGCCAUAGAACAUGUCGGGUCUACGAGCGUGCCUAACCUGCCGGCCAAAGACUGCAUCGACAUAGAUUUGAUCGUAGCCGACCCUACCGACGAGAAAUCAUACGUUGAAGACCUCGAGACUAUCGGCUUUCAGUUUCUGUUUCGUGAGCCAGGCCUGCACGAACAUCGCUUCUUCGGCCUUGACGAACCGUACGUCAACCUGCACGUCUUCGGUCCCGAUAGUCCUGAAGUUGUGCGGCACCGAACUUUCAGCAAAUGGCUGCGCGAGAACGAGGAUGACCGAUUGGCAUAUGAACAGGUGAAGAGAGAAGCGGCAGCGGCGGCAGAGGGGCUGCACGAAACGGUCAAUCAGUACAACAAUCGAAAAGAGCCUCUGAUUAGAAAAAUACUCGAUCGGGCUUUCAAGGCGCAAGGCUUGCUAAACCCAUGACUGCUUGAGCAGCGGGUGCCGAUUUGGGAUUGUAUCAGCUGACAGCUUCAUCAAUAUUGGAACUUUGCGAUGCGUCGAGGGUGAUAUGGGGUUUCGGGUACUGUAGGCCAUGCGCGACAUAUCCGGGUUGAUAUCACCAUAACUCCGAUCGACGAUUGCGCCUGCCUGCGGACAUGAGUGUUUUCAAUUGUGAGAUGGCAAUCGGUUUCGCGGUUGCUU